AUGGAACUUUGUUUUUAUAACUCAAAAAAUGGUUAUUUAGAAGCCUUAUUGAGAGGAUUUCGUAGUAGUUUUUUAACACCUGAAGAAUAUAAAAAAUUAACAGAAGUAGAUACAUUAGAAGACUUAAAAUCUGUUUUAGAAGAUACUGAUUAUGGUUCAUUUAUGAUGGAUGAGCCAUCCCCAAUUGCAGUUACAACUAUUGCCCAAAAAUGUAAAGAAAAAAUGGCACAUGAAUUUAAUUAUAUAAGAGCUCAAGCAGAAGAGCCAUUAAGAACCUUUUUAGAAUAUAUUGCAAAAGAAAAAAUGAUUGACAACGUUAUAAGUUUAAUACAAGGAACAUUAAAUAAAAAGUCAGCUGAAGAAUUAUUAUAUCGAGUUGAUCCUCUUGGAUAUUUUCCUCAAAUGAAAGCUAUUACUUCGAUGGAUGUUAAAAAUUCAUACGAUGAUGUUUUAAAAGUGUUGUUAAUUGAAACCCCCAUUGGAUCUUAUUUUGAUAAAUAUAUCUCAUCAAAUUCUUCAAAUGAAAAAAAUAAUGUAUCUACCAUACUUAAUGAUAUAGAUAUUGAAAUUUUAAGAAAUACGUUAAAAAAAGCUUGGUUAGAAGACUUUUAUAGUUUUAUAAAAAAAUUAGGAGGAAAAACAGAAGAAGUUAUGGGUCAUAUUUUAAAACGUGUAGCAGAUUUUCGUGUUUUAUCAGUGACUUUAAACACCAUUAAUUCUAGUUUAAGUCUAGAAUUACAAAAAGAUAGAAAUGAUAUGUUUCCAUGUUUUGGUUAUUUGUAUCCAGAAGGGACAGAUAGAAUUAGAAAAUGCUGGAAUAAUGAAACUGUUCAAGCAGCUCUAGAACAUUAUCCCAUAUAUUAUAAUUUAUAUGAAGAAUGUAAACAAUUUUACAUGAAAAGUGAAAAUACAAGUGAAAACAAAAUAGUAGAUAAUAAAAUAAAAUCAUUAGAAGAUUUAUUAUACGUGAAACUUGUCAAAUUAUGUGAAACCGCUUUUGAUCAACAUUGUAAUUUUGGUAUAUUUUAUGCUUGGGUAAAAUUAAAAGAACAAGAAAUUAGAAACAUAGUAUGGAUUUCUGAUAUGAUUUUAAUGAAUAGAAAAGAUUGUAUAGAUAGUAUUAUUCCAAUAUUUGAACCCCAAGUAUAA